AUGCGUGUUUCGGUUCUUACCCCAUUGAGCGUUCUCGCUUCCGCCUCUUACGCUCAGUCAACAGGCCCAGGAGACUGGCAGGACGCACUCGCAAGGAACUUCAUCUACAUCGUCCCAGAUGGCUUUGGUGUUGCGUCCCAGACUAUGGCGAGGGACUAUGUGUCGCUGCUGAGAAACGGGGAGGAUAUCACGCGACCUGUGACUUCUCAGCUCGCUGCUGAUCAAAUGGUCCUCGGCUCUGUCCGUACGCAAGCAAGUGACGACCUGAUCACCGACUCUGCAGCAAGUGCUACAGCGUUCUCGGCGGGUAUCAAGACUUACAACGCCGCGAUUGGCGUUGACGUUGCUAGGGAGCCUGUGGGCUCUAUCCUCGAAGCUGCAAAGCUCGAUGGGUUCAAGACAGGCUUGGUUGCUACGUCCAGAAUCACGCACGCAACUCCAGCAUGCUACGCGGCUCACGUCGAGCAUCGGGACCUCGAGGCCAAGAUUGCUGAGCACCAGAUAGGAUACAGCCACCCCCUCGGUUCUGUGGUCGAUAUCUUGCUCGGAGGUGGGAGAUGCUAUUACGUGCCCAAGGACUCUACUGGUUCCUGCCGUGAUGAUGAUAUCAACCUGCUCGAAUUCGCUGAAGAGAAGGGGUUCAAUGUCUUCACAGACCGAGCUGGGUUUGACAGCCUGCAGGGUGGUGAGGAGGCGACGCUACCAUAUCUUGGUCUUUUUGCCCUGAAUCACAUGGCCUACGAAGUCGACCGCGUAGACAGCCUCGAGCCCUCACUUUUGGAAAUGACGCAGACCGCUCUGACUUCGCUCGAGAACGCCACCAAGAACUCCACGCGAGGCUACUUCAUCAUGAUCGAAGCCUCGCGCAUCGACCACGCCGGCCACAACAACGAUCCCGUCGGCCAUCUGCACGACACGAUCCAAUACAACGAAGUCAUGGAAUUCGUGCGCAGAUGGGUCGACGCCCGCCCCGAUACGCAGCUGAUGUCUGCCGCGGAUCACGAGACCGGCGGUCUCACACUCGUGGGCUACAACCCACUCGUGCUGAAAGCAGCCAACUCCACCUCAGAGUUCCUCAACGGCGAGUUCACGGCCUACAACGGCUCGGACCCGGCCUCCUUCCUCCGGACCAACAUCUUCCCGGCCUACGGCAUCAGCGACCCCACGGACGCCGAGAUCCUGACGCUGACCCAGCUGAAGGGCGAGGAGACGUUCAACAAUGAGCUGGGCAAGAUGCUGAGUACGAGAGCCGGCAUCCAGUGGAGUACCGACGGCCACUCGGCUGCCGAUGUCACGCUGUACGGGCAUAGCGAGGGUCAGGGGCAAAUGAUCCUCCGCCAAAACAUGGCGGGCAACUGGGACAACACCCAGCUGCCGCUGUACCUGGAGAAGCAGUUGCGCCUGAACCUGGCGGCGGCGACGGAGGCGUUGAGAGCGAAUGGGACUGAUUGGGUUGGACGCGAGGCCGUGAAGCGGAGAUCUUUGGGCCACCAUGACCACUAG